AAGUAUAUAGAACCAUAGUGUUUCAUGUAAUGAUAUAUUAAUGUAUUGAUAAUAACGUAUUUACUGUUAUGCUUCUUAUUUGUUUUUUGUAUAACAAAAUAGACAAGUGAUAAUAGAAUCAAAUAUAUCAUUGUAUAUUUUAAAAAAGUUUAAUUUCUAACAUAAAUAAUGUACAUAUUAAUGAAUUUUUUUAAAAUAUAUAUAGAAUUAUUCUCAUGAAAAGUCAAAUAUUGUUUUCUAAUUAAUAACAAUGAAUGAGAUGAAUACAAGUGUUACAAAUUCAAUAACAUCUGGCAUGUUGCUUGAUAAUGUUCAAAAUUAUACUAAUACAAUGACAAAUGCAUCAAAUGAAAUAUCUGAAACAUAUAUGAAUUCUACAGAAGAAAAUGGAAAUAUUCAAUUAUGGAAUGUUUCUAAGACCAUAACGUCAUUGCCCAAUAGUACAGUAAUUUCCUUUGAAGCUUCAAGUACCAAUAUAUAUGUAUCUACAACAACAGAAAUUUUUGAUGAAUUUGGACCUCCAGAUGGAAUAGAAUACAUUUUUGUACCACUUGGUGUAGUGGUCUUUGUUAUUAUAUUAUCAGCUGUGGUAUGGGUAAUAAUUAUAUCAAGGAAAAGAAAAUUGGAACGUUUAAGACACAGACUUAUGCCAAUGUAUAAUUUUGAUCCUGGUGAAGAAGAAGAAGAUGAUUGGGAAACUGAAUUAUUAGAAGAAUGUUACAAUAAUCAUCAGAGACGUCAAGGAUAUCAAUCUAUGGAUACAGAAGAAAGUGCUGAACUCUUUGGAAAUCAUUGACAAAGCAUUUAUAAUAGUUUAAAAACUUUGUAUUACUUACAAUUGUCUUAGAUUAAAAAUCACAUUUAGUAGA